AUGUAUCAUUUAUAUUAUAAGUAUGGGGUGGAUACGGUGGAGGCUAUGGUGGCGGUUACGGUGGCGGGUAUGGCGGUUAUGGCCGGGGUGGUUAUGGCGGAGGCUAUGGUGGAUACGGAGGUCGUGGCGGAUAUGGCGGUGGCUAUGGAUACGGCCGUUAAUCAAAUGAUUAUGGACUGAACUCUAUGAGAAAAAAAAGCAAUUAUAAAUACCCUGUUAAACUGAUUUCUUAAAUAUGUUUAAACUAAAUUAUGACAAUUAAAAAACUUUUGUAGUGCUUCAAGUA